AGAAAACCGGUAUAAAUCUGAAACGGCUUGCAAUAAACAACUACAGUAUGAUCGAGAAGGUUCAUUAGAAAGUGUGAUGACAUUUUUUCUGUGUUUUAUAUUCUAUGCGACAGUGCCAGCUGCCAUCGUGUCCAUCAUCCACCCAUCACUGUCGGGGAGGUGAGAAGGGGAGCUCUCAAAGUUGUCCCUCGCGAGACACGUUCAUGGUAAAGAGAAUUCCCGUAGUGAUGGCGGCGUCGCCUGACACGGACAGUUUGGAGGCACGUAUCAACAAGGCCACAAACCCACUGAACAGAGACACAGAUUGGGACAGCAUCCAGGCCUUCUGUGACCAGCUCAACAAUGAUUUGGAGGGACCCCAGCUGGCCACCAGGCUACUGGCUCACAAGAUCCAAUCACCUCAGGAGUGGGAGGCCAUGCAGACACUCGUGGUGCUGGAGACUUGCAUGAAGAGCUGUGGGGAAAGGUUCCACAGUGAGGUGGGCAAAUUUCGCUUCCUCAACGAGCUCAUCAAAGUGGUCUCUCCAAAGUACCUCGGCACCCGGGCUCCAGAGCCAGUGAAGAAGAAGGUGUUGGAGCUCAUCUAUAGUUGGACACUGGGGCUGCCUGACGAGGCAAAGAUCGCUGAUGCCUACCAGAUGCUUAAAAAACAGGGCAUUGUCAAACAGGACCCAGUUCUUCCAGCUGACAAACUCCUCCUGCUUCCACCUCCCAGACCAAAAAAUGCCAUAUUUGAGGAUGAGGAGAAGUCAAAGACACUGACUCGCCUGUUGAACAGCACUCACCCUGAGGACCUGAAAGCAGCCAACAAACUGAUCCAGGAAAUGGUGCAGGAGGACCAGAAGCGGGCGGAGAAGUUGUCCAAGCGUGUGAACGCCAUCCAGGAUGUGAAUGAGAGUGUCAGCCUACUGACUCAGCUGCUGGAGGACUAUGACCGGACCACCAACCCACAGAGCAAUGCAGAGCUCAUCCAGGACUUGUACCAGCGCUGUGAGAAGAUGAGACCCACAUUGUUCAGACUGGCCAGUGAUACAGAGGACAAUGAUGAGGCUCUGGCGGAGAUCCUCCAGGCCAACGACAGCCUGACUCAGGUCAUCAACCUGUACAGGCAGCAGGUGAAGGGAGAGGUGGUGAACGGGAACAACUCAGCUAAUACGCGAAGGCUCACAGGAAGUAGUGUGGCGCUACUUGAUCUAUCGGGAUUGGACACGUCACCUCCUUCCUACCCAGAAUUCCCCACUCCAACAGACAGCCUAAAUGCUUCCUCUCAGGAGAUGGGCAUCAGUCUCCUUGACGAUGAGCUAAUGUCACUGGGUAAGGGGACCCACACCUCCAACCCGGCCUCCCAGCCUGAGGACUCUACCGCCUGGGACUCUUUCCAGUCUUCUGACAGUGUGGAUAUUACUGAUAUCCCAGCAGCGCCUAGUGUACUACUGAGUCCAGAUCGGCUCCCCUACACCCAGCCUCUUUCUACUGGAGCCACGUCUGGAAGCUCAGCUUUAGAUGAGUUGGAUCUGCUGGGGAAGAAGCUGCUACAGCAAUCCCUACCUCCAGAGGGCCUGCAGGUCAAAUGGGACAAGCCUCCGUUCAAACCUACUCUACGAGAUCUCCAGAACAAAUCUGGAAGUAAUCCAAGUCCUAUCCCGGCCUUCUCCCCUGAGCACCCGGUGGCUCUCCAAGGUGAUAGGUUGUUGGACACCUCUCCGGUUCACACAGUUAUUCCCCCUAUAGAAAUGACCCUGACAGAUGUUUUUGUGCCACUUGAGUCCAUUAAGCCCAGCAACCUGUUGCCUGUGACGGUGUUUGAUAGCCACAGUUUGCGGGUGCUCUUCCACUUUGCACGUGACACUCCGUCCUCUCUUGCUGAUGUGCUGGUGGUGAUCAUCUCCAUGCUCUCUUCCGCCCCGGUUCCAGUCAGCAACAUCCUCUUUCAGCCCUCUGUCCCUGACACAAUGAGAGUGAAGCUACAGCCCCCAUCAGGAACAGAGCUUCCAGCCUUCAACCCAAUCCUCCCACCUGCUGCCAUCACACAGGUCCUGCUGCUGGCCAACCCUCACAAGGAGAAGGUGCAGUUGCAAUACAAGCUAACCUUCAUGCUAGGAGAGGAAGACUAUGAUGAAAGAGGAGUUGUAGCCCAGUUUCCACCUUCAGACACAUGGGGCAAUCUGUAACAUUCAACAGAUUGACAAGAUGUGGCAUCUCACUCAGACACUGCAUAAACCUUGCUUUUAAAAAAUGCUUCUAUUGAUUGGCUAAGCAAGGUAAUCUCAACUGGGUGUUCGCUUUAUGAUUUAAUGUCCUCUGUGCAGCUUUACAGAACUUUAUUUGUCUGCUUUCAAACGUACCUAGAACUAUUGCACAGCAGACCGUGUGUCACAGCCAUGUCUUGUUUUUAACAAAUAAGACAAAUUCUAUGAAUGAAGGACAACCUAUUUGUUUACUUUCAUGCUCCGGGAGACAUGUAACGGAACCUUUGGGGAAGGCUCAUUUUUUAUCUUUGUCUCAUUCUUUUUAUACAGCUGUAGACUAUCCUGCUGAGGUUGUGUUUACCCCACCAUGCUCCCAGGGUUUCUUACUGUGAUAAUGAUAAUGCAUGGAGAAUGGUUUGCCUGAUGUCCUUGUCAUGUAGAAUUAGACAUUCUAAGUCCUAUUUAAUCUGCCAUUUGUGCCUAUUUAAGGUUUGUUUUCACUAUCAUGUCCAUUUGGAUGGUUUGUCGGUUUUACCGGUUACUCUUUUGAUCCAUUGCAUAUGUCUACUCCUUGCUGCUUCAUAGAUUACCUGUUCUGGGAAGAAAUCUGUUUUAAAGAUGAAUGUCUGUCAAAGUUGUCUUGCUGAAUCACUCUUUCCUCAAAGGCUUGAGUCUCCCAAGCACAUACCAUCAGGCAUCUCCAAAACAACUCUGUAAAUAUUGGAACUUAUGUACAUUUGCAAAGAGAACUUUAUUGAAAAUGGAAGUUAUUUAUCUUGGUUUAAACUGUUAUCUUAACCAAGCUCAUUCACACAAUGGUAGUUUUAGGAGCACCAUCAAUACCUCACCUAGUGGAGUACAGAAACAAUGUUAAGACACACUUUAAACAUU